AUGAACUCUAAAUAAAAAUUGAAUAGGCAAACCAAGGUGUAAUUCUUUUGCAAACAGAUUGAAGAGAGAAGACAACGAUUAAAUAUUAAGAAAAUCAAACCAUAUUAUCAUUUGACUCAAACGUAAAUGAGUUAAAGGAUUGGGAGAUCUAGACGAUUGGAAAUUAGUUAAAAUAAAUUUGGAAAUACCAGUUGUUGUUGUUCGGAGUGUGGAAGGGACUCACAGUUUAAAUAGAGAAUAUUCAAGAUCUAUCCAUUUAAUGGGACAUCUUAUUAAUAUUAGGAAUCAAUAAAGCAAAACCAAAUAUUAGAUCGUUACCGAAAUUCCAAAUAUAUCAAAACCUUUAGAAAACUUGUCUAUUGUCUGCUCUUUAUCAUACGAUAUAGGAUUGUGUAGAACAUAAGAUUUAGACAAAGACAGAGAAUGAAAAAAGUGUUGAAAACUAGAGUGGAAUAACCAAGAAUGACAUUUCUCAAUGUGUUGGAUAUUGCAAAGAAGUCAUUGAAUCCAAAGUUUAAGUCAGCUUCCAAUUUCGAUUUUGCAAUUAGUUAGAAUGCUACUGCUCUCAAUUCUCCUCAGGAUUCAGACGAAGAGUUCUAUCAUCUGAAACCGAAGAAAUCUUUGGCGCAUAAAUUAUCAACAGAAGAACAUCUACCGCAUAAAAAAUUGUCAAAAUCCUAAUAAAAAGUUUAUUUAAUUACUGGAUUAAAUUCAGUUUUGAAUUAAUAUGUAACUUCAAAGUUAAACAAACCAACUAUUAAAUGCAAUUAAUAAUCAAUAUGCAUGCCACCAUUACUGUCCUUAACCGUAUCUCCCAGAUAGAAUCAAUCGACUCAUUUGCCUCAUAUUAGAAUUAGACAUAAUAAUUGA